AAAAAACAUCCGCGGCUAAUCCUAUGCGGGAACUUCGUAUAGAAAAAUUAGUCCUCAAUAUUUGUGUGGGUGAACCUGGUGAUCGUUUAACUCGUGCUGCAAAAGUGCUCGAACAACUCACAGGACAAACCCCAGUAUAUUCAAAAGCUCGUUUCACAGUUAGAUCUUUUGGUAUUAGACGUAAUGAAAAGAUUGCUGUACAUGUUACUGUAAGAGGCCCUAAAGCCGAAGAAAUCCUGGAACGUGGCCUUAAAGUUAAAGAAUAUGAGUUGAAAAAAAGUAAUUUUUCUGCAACUGGAAACUUUGGAUUCGGUAUUCAAGAACAUAUCGAUUUAGGGAUCAAGUAUGAUCCUUCAAUUGGUAUUUAUGGUAUGGAUUUUUAUGUGGUUUUAGGUAGACCUGGAAAUAGAGUAUCUAGGAGGAGAAGAGCUAUUUCGAAGGUUGGCUUUUCGCAUCGUGUAACUAAGGAUGAAACCAUAAAGUGGUUCAAACAUAGGGUGAGCUUUUAA